AUGUCCGAGCCAACAAAAUCGAGCGAAGACCCAGUUGCUGUGGCACAUCUAGAGCACAGCCAGCUCGACCAUGGCAAUGACAAAGUUCCCCAGUCCGCUAUAACCCGGUUCACCGAGAAUGAGAAACUAAUGUCUACCCGCCAAGCGGCGAAGGUAUACAGGCGUGUCCUCCUCUUCUCUCUCGUACCAUUCCUGUGCGGCAUGACAUAUGGAUAUGAUACAGUGGCGAGCAGCGCGACGAUGGCCAUGCCGGCCUUCUUACUGUCAUUCGGCGCAACCAAUCCCGCCACGAACUCGCUCUACGUACCCUCCCUUUGGAGCGCGUUGUGGACAGCUUUAACGAAUCUGGGGCAGGCAAUCGGCUCCUUCGCGAUGGGGUUCGUUGCCCAACGCAUUGGGCGGCGGUAUGCUAUUAUGUGCUGCUGCCUCAUCUCUUCUGCGGGGGUCGCUGUACAAUACACUGCAAGCACACGAUGGGCCCUCCUAGUUGGCAAGAUUAUAGGCGGAUUCACCAUCGGCGGUUUACUGGCUGUGGGUACGACCUAUGCCUCCGACAUUGCUCCUAUCCGGCUGCGCGGGCCAAUCUUACAGGGACUGGUGUUCUUCACCGUCCUCAUGCAGGGUACUGCCCUUGGGGUGAUCAGAGGCUUCGUUCCUGAUAUGGCGCCGAAAGCCUGGAAGAUGGUGUUUGCAAUACAGUGGAUCGUCGCCGGUCUUCCGCUUCUUGUGCUUCUGAUCCCCGAGUCGCCUGUAUGGCUGCUGUCAAAGGGUAAAAUUGGGGAUGCCAGGGAGUCCCUGGUUCGCCUCUAUGGCAAAGACAACAGUAUCGAUAUCCGCCUUGAGCUCCUACGACAAACUCUCGAAAUGGAAGAUAAUAGCAGGACCGGCGACACCGAAGCGUCGUUCCUGGAGUGUUUCCGCGCGCACAAUCUGAGGCGCACAAUGACGGUAUGCAUGAUGCUUUUUGGAAUCGGAAUGACUGGGGUUGCGUUUCUCAACCAGAACACUUACUUCCUCCUCACCCUUGGCCUUCCCGCGGUGCAUGCCUUCGAUAUCGGAAUCGGUGGGUUUUUCCUCGCGUGUCUGGUUAUUGCCGGCGGAUGGUUCUUCAACGACCAGAUCGGUCGCCGGAGACUAUGGCUUACCGGUCUGAUGGGCAAUAUCGUCGGAAUGUCUGUCGUCGGAGGGCUAGGGUUUGUCCACAACAACGCCGGUCUGUGGUCCGUUGCUGUGCUCAUGAACCUCCUCAUCCCCUGGCAACUAUAUACCUGCACUGGUACAGCCUGGACUAUUGCUCCCGAGAUCUCCUCCUACCGUCUCCGGCAGUACACGCAAUCACUCAGCUACUUUGUGCAGGCUGUGUCGAACUACAUCUUCCACAUGAUCGUGCCCUACCUGUAUAAUACUGACUCGGCCAACCUGGGGGCCAAAACGGGGUUUGUCUUUGCCGGGCUGAGCGCAUGUCUUUUCGUCGUAUCUUGGUUUCUGGUUCCGGAUACUACGGGUCUGUCAGUUGAGGAGAUCGACUGUGCUUACCGAGAGCGAGUUUCCCCUCGCAAGUUUCGCGUUUGGGCUGAGAGGGUGUAG